AUGUCAACCGAGGUCGGGCCUGCCAGCACAUCCAUUGUCGCUGGUGACUAUGACCAUGACUUCGUUACCGAUGCUGGUCAAAAUGUGACAACAACGGCGGCGACCCACGCUUCCCAGAACUAUGAAAUGUCUUCCAUACAUGUAACCGACUUUGAGAAGCAGGCUCAGACACACCCGGCCGAGCAGACGCAGCGCGAGCAUGCAGAAACCACCGCCUCUGCAGAUGAUGGAUUAUCUCGCACAGCGUCCACGGUGGCGCCGUCUCUCCGAUCUGUACACAGAGAUCCUGUCAGUCGAGUUACGACAGACGCCGAGGGUAAUGUCUACCCCGAAGGCGGCAAGGAGGCCUGGUUGGUGGUAUUGGGCAGCUUCAUGGGACUCUUUGGAUCACUCGGACUCGUCAACACGAUUGGCACCUUCCAGGCCUAUAUUGAAAAUCACCAGCUGAAAGAUUACAGCUCUGGCAACAUCGGAUGGAUCUUUGGAAUGUAUGCCUUCUUGACUUUCUUUUGCGGUAUGCAAAUCGGUCCCAUCUUUGACGCACGCGGUCCUCGCGUACUUGUCCUUGCGGGUUCGAUCUGCGAAAUGGCCAUGAUCAUUCUUCUUGGGUUUUGUACCGCAUACUGGCACUUUAUGCUGGUCAUUGGUGUCUUGGGUGGAGUUGGUGCCUCGCUGAUCUUCACCCCGGCCAUCUCAGCAAUUGGUCAUUUCUUCUACGAGAAGCGUGGAGUGGCAACUGGAAUGGCUGCAACAGGUGGUUCCAUCGGUGGUAUUGCAUUUCCUCUUAUCCUAGAGGCUCUUUUCCCCAAAAUAGGAUGGGCGUGGGCCACUCGAGUGGUGGCUUUGAUUUGUCUGAUCGCUUUUGGACUCGCCAACCUCCUCAUCCGAUCGCGAUUGCCCCAGAAGCCCUUCUCAAAAGAGAAUGUCCUUCCGGAUUUCCGGAUUUUCCGCGAUCCUCGUUUCGCAUUGACCACCGCCAGCGUCUUCUUCAUCGAAUGGGGUCUAUUCAUCCCCAUCAGUUACAUCUCCUCCUACGCCCUUGACCACGGCUUUUCGAACUCAUUCUCCUACCAGAUCCUCGCCAUUCUGAAUGUAGGCUCGUUCUUUGGCAGAUGGCUCCCAGGAUUCUUCGCAGAUUUCCUAGGCCGAUUCAACACUCUCAUUGCUACCGUGGCUCUGUGUCUUCUCUGCAAUGCAUGCCUGUGGCUUCCAGCCGGGAGCAGUAUGGCCUUACUGGUGAUUUACGCUUUGCUGUUCGGAUUUUCAAGUGGUAGUAACAUCAGCUUGACGCCUGUCUGUGUCGGCCAGCUUUGCAAGACCGAGAACUAUGGCCGAUACUAUGCAACCGCCUACACGAUCGUCAGCUUCGGUACCUUGACUGGAAUCCCAAUUGCUGGUGAGAUCCUGGCUCGCUGCAAUGGCCAGUAUUGGGGCCUUAUUGCAUUCACUACAAUUUGCUACGCAGCCGGUCUAGUCUGCUGCACAGCCGUCAAGGUCAUUCAGGUUGGCUGGCGUAGCCCCUUGGCGAUCUACUAA